AUGGGUGCCUCCGCGCUGGUCUCCACCGAGCGCUGGCUGCCCGUGAACACCACCUCGCCUCCGCCUAGCGCAAGCCCCCGGAAGGGAUGGGAGGACGGGCAGCGGCUCAAGGGCCUCUCCGGAGAUCCGGUGGACGUGCAAGGCUGCAGUGCGCUGGUGCGGACGCUGCGGAAGGCGCUGAAGGCGAACUUCAUGAGCAACGGCCGCCCGGCGCCGACCUCGUUCUGGCGCAAGGCGGCUUACCGUGGGGGGCAGCUGGCGAACCUUCUGGCGCCCGAGGAGAUCUGCGAGGUGCUCGGGGCUCUGGCCGACGCAAAGCUGCGCUGGAGGCAAGACCCCAAGGCGACGGAAGGCCUUCAGCUCUUUGCGCAUUUCGCGUCGGAAGAGAUCGGGUCCUUCACGCCGAUCCAGAUGGGCGAAAUCCUGGGAUCCUUUGCAAGGCUGGACUUCCUGCAUGAGGACCUGCUGCAGGCGGUGGCGCGCACCGUGGAGGUCACGGUGGCCUCGGAUAGCGGGCGCUUCAGCAACGAGGCGGCGGUGAGUUUGCUGUCCGCAUACCACGCACAAGCCGUGGCCAACCAGCCCAUGCUCCGGGCUCUGUCGCGGCUCUUCAUGCGGCGCAUCGUCCGGGAGCCCCUGACCCCGGCGCAGAUCGCCAAGGUGGCCAUCGCCUUCUCAGACCUCCGCGCGCGGGACGUGGGCCUCUUCAACGCCACGACGCUGGGACUGUGCAGGCCGAAGGCCGUGGAGGCGCUCUCCUGGCCGGAGCUGGCUGACGUGGCGGUGGCCUACGCCUCGCUGCGGCUCCACUCGGAGUCCCUCUUUGGUAGGUCGCCUGGGCAGCAGUUGAGAUGGCGGGCUCCGGUGCACAGUGAGGGUGGUUUUGCGGUCAAAACGGGGGCACUUGUCUCAUGCAACAAGGGCAUAAUGAUUGUCUGA